UGGCGCAGGAGCAGCACUUGUUGGUUUUGGUUUUGGUUCGGGACACAAACGUCGUAGCCGUUAAACACCCGGAACCGUGAUCGGACCGCAGUGACGUAACCGGGCUGAUCACAGCGCAACCAGCCGCGCACCAGGGAGGCGCGUGCGGGCGGUGGUGAUGGCGGAGCGGCGGGCCGAGUGCACCUGGAAGAGGCACAUCUCAGAGCAGCUGAAGCUCAGAGACCGGGUCCAGAGACACACCUUCGAGGAGAUCGUCCAGCAGUACAACCGUCUCCUGGAGAAGUCUGACCUGCAGACCGUCCUCACAGAGAGAUACCAGACGGACAAGUACGACGUCCAGAGGGGACAUGAGGCCGGCUCCCUGGACUCGUCCCGCAGCGACUCCCUGCAGCAGGAGAUGGCUCAGAUGAGGAUCCGCCACCAGGAGGAGCUGACAGAGCUGCACAAGAAGCGGGGCGAGCUGGCCCAGAAUGUGAUCGAACUCAACAACCAAAUCCAGCAGAAGGACCGAGAGAUCCAGAACAACGAGGCCAGGAUGUUGGAGUAUCAGCAGCAGAUCACCAGCCUGGAGGGAGACUGCCGGGAGCUGAGGAGCAGCCUGCAGGAGCUGGAAUCGGCCAAUCAGACGCUGAAGGACGAGUACGACGCCCUGCAGAUCACCUUCUCUGCCCUGGAGGAGAAGCUGAGGAAGACCACCGAGGACAACCAGGAGCUGGUGUCCCGCUGGAUGGCCGAGAAGGCUCUCGAGGCCAACCGGCUCAACGCUGAGAACGAGAAGGACACCAGGCGCAGACAGGCCAAACUGCAGAAGGAUCUGGCGGACGCCGCCAAGGAGCCGCUGCCCAUCGAACAGGAGGACGACAUCGAGGUCCUGGCGGAGGACGGAGGGAAGGGAGCAGGAGAGACGUCCCCUACCCGACCAAACAGCAGAACGCCCAGCAGGAAAAUGUCCCAGCAGCCUCCUGGUGGUCUGCUGGACUCCAUCUCCAACAUCUUUGGCAGGCGUCGGUCAGCCAACUCCUUCGGCACGUCUCCAGAUACGGCAGAGACUCCUUCAGGAGUGUGCGCAGAGGUCCGGGUGCCGUCCACAGCGCUGCAUGUCUUCGACGCUCAUGACGGCGAGGUGAACACCGUCAGGUUCAGCCCCGGCUCUCGGCUCCUCGCAACCGGCGGGAUGGACCGCAGGGUGAAGCUCUGGGAGGUGGUUGCAGGUCGCUGUGAGGCUAAGGGAGCUCUGACCGGCAGCAACGCGGGGAUCACUAGCAUCGAGUUCGACAGCACCGGCUCCUACCUGCUUGCUGCGUCCAACGACUUUGCCAGUCGAAUCUGGACUGUGGACGACUACAGACUGAGGCACACCUUGACGGGUCACAGCGGGAAGGUGCUGUCCGCCCGCUUCCUGCUGGACAACGCCCGCAUCGUGUCCGGGAGCUACGACCGCACGCUCAAGCUGUGGGACCUGCGCAGCAAAGUCUGUAUGAAGACGGUGUUCGCCGGCUCCAGCUGCAACGACAUCGUGUGCACGGAGCAGUGUGUCAUGAGCGGCCAUUUUGAUAAGAAGGUCCGGUUCUGGGACAUCAGGGCGGAGAGCAUCGUGCGUGAGAUGGAGCUGAUGGGUCGCGUGACGUCGCUGGACCUGAACCACGACCGCAGCGAGCUGCUCACCUGCUCCAGAGACGACGUGCUGAAGAUCAUCGACCUGCGCACCAACGCCGUCCGACAGACGUUCAGUGCUCAGGGCUUCAAGUGCGGCGCUGAUUGGACCAGAGUGACCUUCAGUCCCGACGGCAGCUAUGUGGCCGGAGGCUCGGCGGACGGCGCUCUCUACAUCUGGAACGUCCUGACGAGGAAACUGGACCGCACUCUGGACCGGAACCACAGCUCCGCCAUCAACUCGGUGUCGUGGUCGCCGUCGGGAACGUACGUCGCCAGCGUGGAGAAGGGCAGCCGAGCCAUCCUGUGGUCCGACAUGUGAUUGGCCGGCGCUCAGGGGGCGGAGCCACGGCGGGCGGGAGCUGGAGGACUCGAUCUGUGAUGAAGCUGCUGAGGAGCUUUUAAUGUUCAGUCGUUUUAACUGUGACGGAGGAGGAGCCGGCUCUGCGCUCCGCCUGCUGGUUGACGGUUGUAAGGACGGCUGACUGCGUGAUGAAGCCUGAGGAAGAGGAGGCGACGGUUUGGUUUGAAGAUGAAGAUUAAAGACUCUGAGAGUGAAUGUUGGUCUAUUUUGAUCUGACUCACACAUGCGCGCAGAGCUGCUGAAGUGCCUCUGAGCUAUCCGAGAGCUGCCGGUUCCCCUGACGAGCAGCUGCUGGAACGCUGGCAUGGAAACGGCCUGGUGGUCGUUGGGUUUCAGACGCGUAAACGCUGAUCAGUGUGUUGUUUUUGUUGUUUCUGUUCAUGUUUUCAGUUCGCUGCUCCUCCCACGGCGCGGGAGACAUUAAACCAAAAACCCCUGAAAACGUG